ACCUCAUCUAAAGUGACGUCGUCAUACUGAAGCGCAACAGGACAUCACGUACAGAAUGCGUCCCUUCCACCCUCGCGAUUGAUAUUUGUUCACCUACUACAGCAUGAUUCGUCCCAUCUACCUCCUCUACACUCUCACUGAACUUGUAAUACCGUCACUAGCAAUACAAUACUCAAGACAAUCAGGAGACUUCGAUAUUCUGGACUCGAUAGAUCCAGUGAUCGGAAGUAGAAGUGGCGGCAAUGUGUUCACGGGCGCAACUCUGCCAUACGGCAUGGCAAAAGCCGUCGCCGAUGUAGAUGGUGAAAACACAGGGGGGUUUUCGACAGACGGAAGUAACAUCACUGGUUUCUCAGCGCUGCAUGACUCUGGGACUGGAGGAAACCCAAGCCUAGGGAACUUCCCCAUCUUUCCUCAGAUCUGCCCAGGAGACGAUGUUAAUACUUGCAAAUUUCUAAUCAAAGCGCGCGCGAUUCCCUCCAAGAAUGACUCAGUCAAGGCGCGACCAGGGUAUUUUGGAGUAACACUGGAUAACGGCAUACAUGCUGAUAUGACUGUUUCGGAGCAUGCGGCAUUGUUCCGCUUCGACUUCUCGCAGACCUCGUCUGGAAAUGCAAGCGCCAAUCCGCUGAUAUUGCUGGAUCUCACCGAUCUUUGGGCUAGCCGUCAGAAUGCGUCGAUAAGUAUUGAGGCAGAACGCGGCAGUGACACUGGAAGGAUGAAGGGCAACGGUACCUUCCUCCCGAGUUUUGGAGCAGGUUCCUAUGUGCUUUACUUCUGCCUAGAUGUCACUGGAGGGAAGGUCAGAGACUCAGGAGUCUGGGUCAAUGAUAGAGCGGGUACCGAGCCGAAAGAACUCUACGUCACACGAGGCUUCAACCUUUUUUACCUACAAGCCGGUGGCUUCAUUCGCUUCCAGGGGCCGCUUUCUGGACCUAUACUUGCACGAAUGGGCCUUAGCUUCGUUAGCUCCGAGCAGGCUUGCCAGAAUGCGAAAAAACAGAUACCUGGUCCUGAUUUCAACUUUGACGGUCUAGUCAACACGGCGGAAAAUGCAUGGCGCGAGAAGCUUACGCCAAUAGCGAUCGAAACAGGAGGUGUGGAUGAUAGCUUGCAAGCCAGCUUUUGGAGUGCGAUCUACCGAACGAUGAUAUCUCCUCAGAAUUAUACUGGAGAAAAUCCUCAUUGGAAGAGUGACGAACCAUACUUCGAUUCUUUCUACUGCAUCUGGGAUAUGUGGCGCGUUCAGCUACCAUUUCUCACUAUAUUGGAUCCUAAGAUGAUGUCAAAACUACUACGCAGCCUACUCGAUACCUAUAAGCACCGUGGAUGGCUACCGGACUGUAUGAUGAGUACAUGCAAAGGCUGGACGCAGGGAGGCUCAGAUGCAGAUAAUGUCCUAGUCGACGCGUACGUCAAGAACCUCACAGGAAUCGACUGGGGGCUCGCAUACGAAGCCAUUGUCAACGACGCAGAGAACGAACCAUUGGAAUGGAGCGUCGAAGGACGAGGAGGCUUGACGAGCUGGAAAAAGUUGAACUACGUACCGUAUCUUGACUUCGAUCCUGUCGGUUUUGGGACGAACUCGCGGAGUAUAUCCCGGACGCUAGAGUACGCUUACAAUGAUUUCAAUCUCGCUACCCUUGCCAAAGGAUUGGGGAAGGACACAUACCUAAAGUACAUUGCUCGAGCAAGCAAUUGGCAGAACCUCUACAAAGCAGACCAAAAGUCUUUCAUUAAUGGCACGGAUACCACCUUCACAGGCUUCUUCCAGCCCAAGUAUCUGAAUGGUACUUGGGGUUAUCAGGAUCCGAUUGCCUGCAGUCCUCUCGCUAAUUUCUGUUCGCUGACCUCGAACCCGUCUGAGACAUUUGAGUCGAGCUGCUGGGAAUAUAUGUUCUUUGUGCCGCAUGAUAUCGGAAAAGUCAUUGAACUACUUGGUGGAGAAGAAGUGUUCCUGAAGCGCCUGGACUUUUUCCAUACCUCUGGGCUCGCUGACAUUGGGAAUGAGCCGGUCUUUUUGACAGUAUACAUGCCGCAUUAUGCAGGCAGGCCAGCACUUUCCGCAAAGCGCGUGCACACUUAUAUUCCAUCCCGCUUCAACACCUCCCAUGCCGGGCUCCCGGGCAACGACGACUCUGGCGCCAUGGCCUCCUUCACUCUCUUCUCCACCAUCGGCCUCUUCCCCAAUCCAGGCCAGAACGUUUACUUCAUUACUCCUCCUUUUUUCCAAUCAGUCAGUAUCACUAAUCAGAUUACCAACUUGACUGCCACGAUUCGUAACGUGAACUUUGACAAAGAGUACAAGAAUAUUUAUAUCCAAAGCGCGAGGUUGAACGGUGCAGAUUAUAGGAAGAACUGGAUUGGUCAUGAAUUCUUCACCCAGGGCUGGACCUUGGAACUAGUGCUUGGGGAAACGGAAAGUGCAUGGGGUACCAGAGUGGAGGAUAGGCCGCCUAGUUUGUCGGCGGCUUUUUAAUUGGAUCCUGCAUGUAUCAAAUUAUGGUUGUUGACCUUGAUACCGAGGAAUAAAAUUAAUAUCCGAAAGAAGUACAUGGA